UGCUGAAGCUAAAAGUUCACAGUAGUGUCUCCAUAGAAGUCUGUCUCAUUGAAGUCUGCCAGUGCAAAAAUAUGUUAUAUUUGCCUGCUCAGGCAGUGGUACCCAGUAGCUAAGCAGAUGAAUUCUAGCAUAUACUUCAUUGGUUACAUAAGACCUUUCUUUUUUCCAUAAGCUGUUAAGGAUAAUAGAACUAUUCAAAAAUAGCACGUCAGUUGGUGUGAUGUGGCAUGGUACGGUUUGUUAAUGGUUCUUUCUUGCCUGAAGCCAUCCUGGGUAGAUCUCAUAUAAGGCCCUCACAUGUGAAUUAUUAUCCUGACGCUCAUUUUUCUGUAUUGUCUGGCAGAGCGGUGGUGGAGGCAGUUCAUAGACUGGAUCUCAUACUCGGUAACAAGGCAGCUUAUCAAGAAGUAUUCAAGCCAGAGAACAUCAGCUUGAGGAACAAGUUGCGAGAGCUGUGUGUGAAGCUGAUGUUCCUGCAUCCAGUGGAUUAUGGGAGAAAAGCAGAGGAACUGCUGUGGAGAAAGGUUUACUAUGAAGUUAUCCAGCUCAUUAAAACAAAUAAAAAGCACAUUCACAGCCGCAGCACCCUGGAGUGUGCAUACCGGACUCACCUAAUUGCUGGCAUAGGAUUUUACCAACACCUUCUUCUCUACAUUCAGUCUCACUAUCAACUGGAGCUGCAGUGCUGUAUUGACUGGACUCAUGUAACAGACCCACUCAUAGGAUGCAAGAAACCUGUGUCUGCAUCGGGGAAAGAAAUGGAGUGGGCACAGAUGGCGUGUCACAGAUGUCUGGUUUAUCUGGGAGAUUUAGCUCGCUAUCAGAAUGAGCUGGCAGGUGUGGACACGGAACUGUUGGCUGAGAGGUUUUACUAUCAAGCCCUUUCUGUUGCGCCACAAAUUGGGAUGCCCUUUAACCAGCUGGGGACACUGGCAGGGAGUAAAUAUUACAACGUGGAAGCUACCUACUGCUACUUACGCUGUAUCCAGUCUGAAGUAUCCUUUGAAGGUGCCUAUGGUAACCUGAAGCGGCUAUAUGACAAGGCAGCCAAAAUGUAUCAUCAGCUGAAGAAGUGUGAAACCAGGAAGCUGUCUCCAAGCAAAAAACGAUGCAAAGACAUUAAAAGGUUACUGGUGAGCUUUAUGUACUUGCAGAGCCUUUUGCAGCCAAAAAGCAGCUCUGUGGACUCUGAGCUAACAUCUCUUUGCCAGUUGGUGCUGGAGGAUUUCAACCUUUGCUUGUUCUACCUGCCUUCUCCUCCUAACCUGAGCUCAGCUAGUGAAGAUGAAGAGGAAUACGAGAGUGGCUACUCCUUCCUUCCUGACCUCCUCAUCUUCCGCAUGGUGAUCAUCUGCCUAAUGAGUGUUCACAGCCUCAAAAGGGCAGGUUCAAAGCAAUACAGUGCAGCCAUUGCUUUCACACUGGCUCUCUUUUCUCAUCUGAUAAACCACGUCAAUAUUCGCCUGCAAGCAGAACUGGAAGAAGGGGAGAAUCCAGUUCCAGCCUUCCAGAACGAUGGCACAGAUGACCAAGAGACUCGGGAACCCGUGAACUCCAUUGACAAGGAAGCAGAUGCUGACUUAGCCAACCACCGGCCCACCGAUGAGCAGAGGAAGAAAGACAGCCAGAAGGGCAAAAAAUACUCUCGUCUCUCCUGCUUGCGCCGCCGGCGCCAUCCCCAGAAAGUGGAUGAGAGUGACCUAAGUGAGGGCUUCGACUCUGACUCCAGCCAGGACUUCACUAAGGGCAGUGAUGGCUCGGAGAGCGGCUCGGAGAAGAGCGAUGAGGAGGUGGAGACGGCCUUUGAUGUGGAGACAGACUCGGACAUGAACAGCCAGGAAUCCCGUUCAGACUUGGAGGAUAUGGAAGACGAGCCAGGGGAAGAGGGAGGUGGCCGAACCAAAAGCAUGAAAAACGGGGCCAAAGAGGCCUUAAAAAAUGGCAUGGAGGGGAGCGGGUUGGUGGACUCUAAAAACCUAAGUGUCUCCAAGACUGAGAAUUCAGAUGCUGCAGUUAAUGGGCCAGGGUCCAUGGGCACUAAUGAAGCUAGCAUAGCCAGUAACCUCCAGGCCAUGUCCACACAGCUGUUCCAGACCAAACGCUGCUUUCGCUUGGCUCCCACCUUCAGCAAUGUCCUUUUGAAACCAACUCAUGAACCAGCUCCCAUGAAGGAGGUAGUGGACAGCAAGCCUUGUGUCAAUGGGGAUGUGGAGAAACCUGGCUUCCCCGAACAAGACCACAUGAAAAUUGCGGAUCUCAGCAGACCACGUAAUGAUCUUUCGAAAUAUGACUUGUCUGACUCUGAAGAGAGCAUCUCCAGUAAUAAAUCCUGUAAGAAUGAGAGAUCCCUGCAAGAGAAACUAGAGAUCAUAACCAAUGAGGGCCUGCUUCCGACGGUCAAGGUGUUCCUGGACUGGUUGAGAACCAACACUGACCUCAUCAUCAUGUGUGCCCAGAGCUCCCAGAGUCUAUGGAACAGACUGUCUGUGCUUCUGAACCUUCUGCCUUCUGCUGGAGAACUGCAGGAACCAGGGCUGGCUCUUGGGAACGAAAUCAAGGACUUAAUGAUUGGCUGUGAGCUCCCAGACCUGAGCACCAACUUGCUGCUUCCAGAAGACGUGGCUCUCCGUAACUUGCCCCCUCUGAAAAAUGCACACAAGAGGUUUAACUUUGAACAGGACAGACCCAUGCUCUCAGCCGUGGAGGAGUCCGUGAUUCGUAUUUGCUGCAUCCGCAGCUUUGGCCACUUCAUCACCCACUUGCAAGGCAGCAUCCUGCAGUUUAAUUCGGAGGUUGGGAUCUUCAUUAGCAUCGCUCAGUCUGAGCAGGACAACUUGUUGCAUCAGGCCCAAGCCCAGUUCCGCAUGGCUGCAGAAGAAGCUCGUCGGAACAGGUUAAUGAGAGACAUGGCUCAGCUCCGACUGCAGUUGGAGGUUUCUCAGCUGGAGGGGAGUCUCCAACAGCCCAAAGCUCAGUCUGCCAUGUCUCCUUAUCUUGUCCCAGACACCCAAGCUCUCUGCCAGCACCUCAACAUCAUCCGGCAGUUAGCUACCAGCGGGAGGUUCAUCAUCAUCAUCCCUCGCACAGUGAUUGAUGGUUUAGACUUCCUGAAAAAGGAGAAUGCAGGCGCGCGUGACAGCAUCCGAUAUUUAGAGGCAGAAUUUAAAAAAGGAAACAGGUACAUUCGUUGCCAGAAAGAUGUUGGGAAAAGCUUUGAGAGGCAUAAACUGAAAAGACAGGAUUUAGAUGCCUGGAACCUCUAUAAAAUAUUGGACAGCUGCAAACAAUUGACAGUGUCACAAGGGAAUGGAGAGGAUGACACCACGGGAAUGGUUACCAUUAUAACUGGCUUUCAGCCGGAGGAUCCAAGCAAAUUCUCUGCACCCAUGCAGUCUGCUAUCCAGGCAGCUGCCAGUGCCAGUGUAGAAAUAAAACAUGUGCUGGAGUUCUACAAGCAGUGGAAGGAGAUGGGCUGACAGUUAGAAGGGCAUCGGGUUGGUGUACCUUUCUCUCCCCCUCUCAGAACGCGCAGUGUCUGAACGAAGGAAACAAAACACAGGCGAGAUUUAAGACGCGAAGCAGCAGCAGCAACCAUGACAAACAAAUCCAGUUCCGGCAGGCACACAAAAACACCCACCACCCACACCCUGAGCAGACGACUGUACAUUCCCAGCAGCGCCAGCGGCUCUGAGAAGAGAGACAUCUCAGCGAGGCCAAGAAGAGAUCUGCCCUUCUCCCGGUCGGCAGGGAUGGGCGAGAGACGGGCAGUCGUUCAUCCCCACAAAGCCUGCUUGGUCACCCCCAAUUGGCAGGCAGCUCCGCGUAGGUACUUUAUGUAAACAAGCCAAAUCUGCCGCAGUGGAAGUGGAGUAUCAGAAGAGGCUAGCCUCCAGGACCGAGGACAAAGAUCCAAAGAGUGCUCUUUGUUGGGAAUCUGGUGAUAGGAACACGAACACCUUUUUAAAUUAAUUUUUCCAUCUUUUGUCUUUUAAUUUUUAGCAUAUAUAUUUAAAAGCCUUUGAGGGUCUGGAUCCUUUUCAAAUGUUAAAGAAAUUAAAGAAAAAAAGGCAAUGAUGAUGCUAUUUUUAAAGCAAAAAACCAACCCUCCCCCCCAAAAAAACCUUUCCAUGAAGUUUUAGGAACAAAUUUAUUUAUUCCUCUCCUCCUCUUUCCACACUGGGGAGAAUGCAAAAGUGAUUGUUUUCUGUAGAGAGAAGCACCAGCUGGAAGCCUUUCCUAUUUUGCUAGGGGUUUGGUGUGCAUUCCUUGCUUUUGUUCUUGUUGCGUGUGUUGUGAGCCAUGAUAGAUCUGUCUUGGGUUGAUUGAGAGAAGAGGAGGAAAGGUUUCUUUCCUUCUCCUAAAUGACCCCCGUCGCCAGCAGGGGUCAUUUGUGCAGGGGAAGGAUAAAGGUGAAUGCGAUCCAGGCUAGUUGCUGGGAGUCAGAAUGGAGCUGCAUUGGAUGCUUAGACAGUGGCAAGGGUUUUUGAUUUGGCCUGAGUCUACUGAGACUCAGGAGACAAAUCAGACCUAAAAACAUCUCCAAAGGAUCCCUAAUUCCUCUUCUUGUGUUUUGAGUGGGCCGUUGGAGAGGACAGGAUUUUCACUAUCUCUGCAGUUGUUCUCAGUAAUACCUUCUUCCGUGUAAAUCAGGAGAAGUUUGCAGAGCUUGUGUGGUCCCUAGGAGCAGGAGGGGGAAAUGCAGUGACCAGUGCAAGCCAAAGUCAGCCAGAACUCGCCCGUGGACUGUUCUGUGUACGGCAACAUCCAUAAAGGACGGGAAGAAAAUAGCUGGACAGAUGCUGGAAUUUGCUCCGUUUGUUUCCUGUGAGGCAGAUUUACAAACCUCUCCUGCACCAUCUCUAACAUCUUCUAUCUGACUUCUGGUGACAUUAAUACCUGUGACUGAAAAGCAUAUCUCUAUAUAAAGAUCACUAAGCACUGGGUAGCAGUUACAGCAUCUCUUUGCAAUUGAUCUGUGUCUUUUAAGACCAGAUGUCCCCAUCUACUUGAAUCAGCAGCAACUAUGCAAAUAAUGAGUUUAACCCACUGGUCUCUGUCAGGCUGUUUUAAUGUGGCCUGCCAAAAAGCUGCUAUAACAGGUUACAUACUUUGAAUGGACCAUUUAAAAAAAAUGACCAUUUCCAAACCCUGAAGAUUUCCCAGCAUAACAAAUUAUACCAGGAUUGCCAAAUAUCCUGUUUUUGGUUCGGACAAUAUGAAUCCUACAGAAUUCAUCCGCCAUGCAGUUGAGAUCAUUUGCAGCCAGCAACUUGGUUGCUCAGUUACGGUGAUUUUUUUUAAAAUUCCUUUGGAAAGCAGAGAGAGUACAGGGUCAGCGUUACUAACAAGUUUUAUGACUUCACCUGAAACUUCUGGUGCGUUACUAGGCCAUGCCAAGAAGACAGCUUAUGCAAAAAUGCUGUGUGGGGACUUCCAUUCAAUUCUGAUGACUUCCUAUGUUUACAGAUUUCAGCUGUAGCAUAUCUCCAGGUGGAGUUUGGUGCAUGACUUUUAUUCUUUCCCACACGAAUGCCACUAUUUUCUUUUAUUGGAUCAGUUUCUGUUUAGCUUGUGUUGUUAUUUAAUGGAGAUGCAGAACGUAAAAAAAAAACCCACCCUGGGUAUGCUGCUUUCACAGAAAACUUCCCGGCUGAGUUGUACGAGCCAGAGCAGUGUAGUGAACAGGCGAACAGAAUCACCCUCUGCCUGCUUGUCCCUUUUUUGACAUGGUGCUGGCCAGUGCACUAAAUUACACUCCCCACUGACCCAUGAGUCUAGGGCAGCUUGAACCCUGCCUCGUGGAUCAGACUUCUCGCUAGUAUUUGGGUGUUCUGCUCAGCUCCUUUCGGUAGGACGCAAACUGGAACCUGCUGCAAUGAGAACAUCGUAGUGGAAGCAAGAUCUUGCACUACGAGAAGCGUUGCCACAGCGGGUCACCUCUUUAGUCCUAGGAAAUACUUAUUUUUUUUCUUCCUUCUCGGUAUGUAGUCUGCAACAGGCUGUUUUGGUUUUGAAAAGAUACUGGAAUCAUUCUGCAAUUAAAGUCCAAAGCUUGGUGGGAGGGAAGCUGUGCAGAUGGAGCGUAUUUCAAUGGCCGUGGACAAGAUGGGGAGGGAGCAGUGCAAAUGAAGCAGAAACUGAAACCCGGUCCCUUGCCGACAGACUCCGCUGGCAUGGCAGUUACAAUUUCCAAGUCAUCGGUGCAACCUAAAAUGGGGACUAGAACCCUGGAGCUGAUCUUUGUGACUCAGGGAUCAUGUACAGAGCGGGGGUGGGGAGCAGCUGCCCAGCACUGCACUAUUGUGACCAUGCAAUUUGGAGGCGGCUAGGGAAGAGCCACGACACAGAAGAGACGUCGAAGCGGAUGCCGCUGCUGCCUGCCAUUUGAAAUGGAACGACCACUUGCGCAGUCAGUUGAGGGGGGUUGUUUUGAUAGUUGCAUUAGGGCAGGCAAGGCAUUUUCAAAUGUCCUUUUUGGAAGGUGUUUUUUAACCUCACAUUUAUUUGGUAACAAUAAACGUUGCUGAGCUACAAAGAGAUCCCUCUGCGUGUAUCCGGAAAGAGAAAUCCAAGCAUGAUUUUUUUUUUAAAGGGGGAGAGCGUAUCUGUAUUUUGUCAACAUCCCUGUCUUGAUGCCCUGCCUUUCUCAAGGGUAUUUUUGGUCUUAUUGCAAGUACAUUAUGGGAGAUGGGGAAGAUCUUUGGCUGUCCUCUGUCAUGAGGAGUUCUGGUUGCCCCCUUAGUGGUGUAGACGAACAUGUAGACCCUUCUGCUGUCUCCGUGCAUGUUUUGCACCUUCUUUCUGUUGCGAUAGGAAGCUUCAAGCAGAGAGGGUCACUGUUCAAAGAUGCGCCUUGAAGUUCCCCAUGCAUGCUUUUAUCCUCCAAAACAUGUGGCCGUGCCACCAUGAUUAAAUGCAAGCAACACAUGUUCUGUUCCCUUGCUGGAUUUAAUCUAAACUGGAAAAGGGACGGAGAACAGUAUCUUGAGUUUGUGAAAAAGCACAGCCAUAGAGCAAAGCAUCAAGGAAGAUGGCACAUUGUUUCUUCUUAUAAAAUAUUUUUCUAGCCAUGGCCUAUGAUUGGAGAUACUACUUGAUUAUUUUCAGGAGAGGUGCAAGGGAGGAUGCUUUUAAGACCCGAUUCUGCAGCUUACAAUGGACCAGAUUCCCAACUAGCAUCAGCUGGCGCAGGUCUGUCAAAAAUAUGCAGCCAUGACUAAAUGCAUAAUUGGAGCUGUGCUGACUUAGUCCAGCAGGGGACUUGGUCCAGGAAUGCUCAAUCCCAGGCUAGCUCUUAAUCAGAGGUGGCCACUUCUAAUGAACUGCAAUGGCCGUUAUUAAACCCAAGCAUUUCUCCAGUGGGAGAAUGCGAGUUGAUGGCCCAUAGUGCUAGUGCCUGGAAGCUCUUAACAUUGUGGUUUGGGUCUUGCAGAAGUCUGCCGCAGCGUUUAAUAGAGCCACCCUGAAAGGUAGCUGUAAACUGACUUCCCAAGCUAUCUCUAAUGCAGCAUUCGAGACUUGCAAAGCCAGCUCAUCUUCUGCUAACACAAAUGGUGCUAUCUUGGUAGCUACGAAAAGCUUCUUAGACCAGGUCCAAGCUAGCCCCUGGGGAGAGAUGUUAGCUCGAAGCAUAAUGCCUACUAUGCUGGUAAAAAGAAAAAAUGCUUUAUGGGGUUAAAACAUUGGCUUAAAUUGAAUCAUUUUGUGUAUUUCUGGGCUUUGGUUUUCUUUUUAUCUCCCUUGAGUUGGGUUCCCAGAAGCUUCAGCAUGACAGCCUCAUGCCCCGAGACUGUCGGUUUCUGGGGGCUAGCGGCGUCCCUAAUUUCUCAUGCAGGUGGCAGGUUUGUUUUGCCAGCAGCCAUCUAUACGUGUAGCUAUGGGUGAAAAACAACUGUUCAGUAUGUGUUGGGCAGUGUACUGUAUGGGUAGGCUGUGCCAAACAACUCUGGUCUGUUCCUCCACUUUGGUCACGUGAUUGUUUGAAUGCCCUUUGACACGACUCCGCUUUUCAUUCUUGACAUCUAGCAAGGUGUCUGCUUAAAGGGGGAGGGGUGGAAUACAGUGUGAUACCAGCUGAGGAUGAAAUUAAGAGGUCUGCAAGGAUGAGCAGGGAAUUAGUAGAGGGAUGACUUGUGGCACCCAGUCCUUCCUCUGCUUCUGCAAACAUUAAAACCCACGUUGAGAGCAGUGUUGUUGGGUUGGUGCCAGAGUUGCUUCCCCUCCAGUCAUUUUGUAGCACAAAUGACUCCUAGCCUGUGGAUUCGCUGUUCAGUGCAUAUUAACCAGAGAGGAAUAGACACACAUUCUGGAUUAACAGUCCACGCGAUGUGUGUCUUAGGGGAACAGUGCCACACGUUAGUCAGUUGUUUGAUAAUAUAAACUUGAAGAGGGUGCAGGGCACAGGGCAUUGCAGGGCCUUUUGACCUCUGGUUUCAUGGCAUGCGUCUGACCGUGGUUGGAACACAUUGACUGGCUUAAUAAAGUACAAGAUGUUUGUA